AUGUCUAUUAGGGUUCUGCUCCUCGGUCACCUCUGCCUCGGCUCGGCAGCCCAGGGCGCCGCCGGCCAAGACGCACCACCGCUCGGUGCCGGCCGUGAUCCAUGGCCGGUUGCGAAAACCCAAGCCGUCGGUCGGUGGAUGAUUGCCGUGUCCCUUUUUCGUCUCGUUCUGGCGUCGCAUCAAGACCUCGCUUGUGCUGUGCCUCCUCCAAUCACACCCGACCCUCUUCACCGGGUAAAUGUGCGGGAACGCCAAGUGCAGAAAGAUGGAGGGCCGCGGGGGAGGGCAGCCUGCCUGACAUGCAAACUGUCAGCAAAUGCAGGCGGCACAGCCGCCCUGCAGCCCAACGGCCCGAUCUGAGACCUGGGCUCGCAGAGCCGCACGCCUUGAGGUUGCAGUCCUGCCCCCGCUGCCGCUUCCCUAACAAGCCCCAGGAUCCUUAACAGGUUUUCUGCGCUUUUCGUCGUCCCGCCUUCGCACCAACCCAGUCGUACAAGCAACAGGACUGUGAGAUGGCUAGCCAACGUCUUGGGUACCAAUCAAGGGCGUGAUCGAAAGCUGUCAAGUCUUGUGCAUUUGAGAGCUUUUGCCCCGUCCUCGGGCAUGCCGAUAGGAGUGGGAAUGGAGUUGCCUCGUG